CUUCCACACCAUCUACUCCUUGCUCUUCAUCAGCUCUUACCUCCUUCUUUCUCCUCCUUUGCUACCAAUCACUGUCUACCCAAGUAAAAAGAAUCAUGGGGAUCCGUUUGCCUCAGUUGGUUCUUGCUAAGAAGGCGAUCCAACGAACUCUUAGCAGCAGUCGGUCAUCAGUUGCAGCUGACACACCAAAGGGCCACUUUGCCGUGUAUGUUGGUGAAAGCCGAAGACGAUUUGUUGUCCCGACGUCAUACCUGAAGAAUCCCAUCUUCCUGGAAUUGUUAGAGAAGGCAGAGGAAGAGUUUGGGUACAAUUCUAGCAUGGGACUCACCAUUCCAUGUGAUGAAGACGCCUUCAUGGCCCUCAUAGAGCAGCUAAGUUGAGUUAGAAGACGAUUUCAUGAUCUGACCAAAUUUUUUGGUAGUGUAACGUGAAGCAAUCGGCUUGUAAUUUGCAUAGAAGUGGAGCGGAAUCCCAUUCUUGUAUCAUACAUCUAAAUGUAAAUCAAAGUUAUACUCCACACCAUCCAUUGGCUCUGGAUCUGUUUGUAAUAAGCUCAACACAGAUUCGACGUCAUGUGGUCGAAUUGCUCGCAGACGAAUUACUGCGGCUUCGCGUGGAUCCUUUGACGAUAAAUUAAACCUCUUUCCGAAAGUUUCUAAGACAUCUUUCUACAUAAGCAUGUUACUCGGGCAAAAACUGCAUUUUCUACGGCACAUAUGCAAGCAGAAAGGC